GGAAAGCCCUGCUAUCAAGAAAGACCACACAGGACUAGGACCUUCCCAUGGACCCUUCUCAGGACACUACAACAGCACAAGCAAGGGUGUUCCCCUAAGACACGAGGGCCCUACGAACACUAUCCUUUGAAGGGUGCCAUGGUGGUCAGGAGAAGCAAAGGUAGCUCCAAGCAGUUGCCUGGCCUGGGAGGACAGGGUGGUUGUACAGGUCUCAUAGUUAUGCUCGGAACUGCCUUGCUGCUCAUAAGCCUGCCAUGGGGGGCCCAAGUGAUGGCCAGUGCCAACCUCAGCACUGCUCAGGGCCACACUGUGCCACUGACAGGUGGUCACUAUUUGAGCAUUGGGGAUGGUUCAGUGACAGAGUUUGAGUUCCCUGAAAAGAGUGAGGGUAUCAUUGUGAUCUCUAGUCAGUACUCGGGACAGGCCAAUGGAACAGGCCUCAGCCCUACACUGAGGGUUAUAUCCCUGGACACAGAGGUGCUGACCAUCAAGAAUGUAAGUGCCAUAACCUGGGGCAGUGGGGGUGGCUUCGUGGUGAACAUCCACUCAGGUCUGGCUGGGCUGGCCCCACUCCACCUCCAGCUCAUGGACCUCCAUGAGACCCCACCUUUGCUGAUUGAAGAACGGAGAGAUUUCUGCAUCAGGGUGUCACCUGCUGAAGACAUCCCUUCUACCCUCAACCCCAACUUGGGCCACUUCUCAGAGAACCCAAUCCUCUACCUGCUCCUGCCUCUUAUCUUUGUCAACAAAUGUUCAUUUGGGUGCAAAGUGGAACUUGAAGUUUUGAAGGAGCUCCUACAGAGCCCCCAACCCAUGCUGUUGGGCCUCUUGGGCCAGUUUCUGGUCAUGCCCUUCUAUGCUUUCCUGAUGGCCAAAGUCUUCAUGCUACCUAAGGCCUUAGCUCUUGGCCUCAUCAUUACCUGCUCAUCACCUGGCGGUGGGGGGAGCUACCUCUUCAGUCUCCUCCUUGGAGGAGAUGUCACCCUGGCCAUCUCCAUGACUUUCAUCUCAACAGUAGCUGCCACAGGUUUCUUGCCACUUUCAUCAGCCAUCUACAGCCGCCUUCUCAGCAUCCAUGAAACACUCCACGUGCCCAUCUCCAAGAUACUGGGGACUCUGCUGUUCAUCGCCAUCCCCAUAGCAGCAGGUGUGGUAAUCAAGUCUAAGCUCCCUAAGUUCUCAGAGCUGCUGCUACAGGUCAUCAAGCCCUUCAGUUUUGUACUUCUCCUGGGUGGCCUAUUCCUGGCCUACCACAUGGGGGUCUUCAUCUUAGUGGGAGUCAGGUUACCCAUCGUACUGGUGGGCUUCACAGUGCCCCUGGUUGGCCUUUUGGUGGGCUACAGCCUAGCCAUGUGCCUGAAGCUGCCAGUGGCCCAGCGGCGGACAGUCAGCAUUGAGGUAGGGGUACAAAACAGCUUGCUAGCUUUAGCUAUGCUGCAGCUGUCUCUGCGUCGCCUUCAAGCAGACUAUGCCUCUCAGGCCCCCUUCAUUGUGGCACUGAGUGGUACCUCCGAGAUGCUGGCUUUGGUUAUUGGCCAGUUCAUCUACAGCAACUUGUUUCCUGUUCCAUGAGGACCCUGGAUCAAGUUUUAUAACCCCAGCCCCCAUACUCCAUCCACUGUCCCCACAGUUCUGUACCAAAGGCCUUUUGUUCUCAUGCACUAUGCACUCAGACAAAUCCAGGCUUUUUUUUUCCAGCUUUCAGUGCCAAAGAGGCCAUGCUGAGUUAGAAAUAUAUUUCAAUAAAAGACAAAAGCAA